UGUUGUGAAGAAGAGUCAAAGGUGGGAGAGUCAGGCGGAUCUGAACGUCAAGUUUUCAGAUCAACUCGAGACCUUAUUAGCCUCGUCUUUUUGAAGAAACAAAAACAAAUUAUAUGAGACGACCGAAAACUUGUGUUAAGUUGAAAUAGAAGUUCGUGGUGGCAAAAUGGAGGCCGUUCCCAGGAUGCCGAUGAUUUGGCUGGAGCUGAAGGAAGCGGGAGAGUUUCAGUUCAGUUCCACCGUCAGACAGUACAUUCAAAUAAACUUUGGCGAGAACCCAGAAAACUACAGCGAGGCACUGAAGAAGCUGGAGCAGCUUAGACAGAAUGUGGUAAACAUCCCGAGGGAUUUUGAGGGUUGCAACACUCUUCGAAAAUACUGUGGUCAGCUGCACUUUCUGCAGAGUCGUGUUCCUAUGGCAGCCAGCCAGGAGGCUGCAGUGCCUGUGACAUGGAUUGAUGCCUUUUCAGGGAGGAAUAUUACACAUGAGGAUAUUAAUUAUGAACAGGCUUGUGUACUGUUUAACCUGGGUGCAUUGCACUCACUGCUGGGAGCUAUGGAUAACCGCCUAUCUGAGGAGGGGAUGAAAGUGUCCUGCACGCAUUUUCAGUGUUCUGCCGGGGCUUUUGCUCACCUCAGAGACCACUUUAAUCACAGCUACAGCUCUGACAUGAGCAGCCAGGCACUCUCAAUCAACAUCAGCCUCAUGCUGGCACAGGCUCAGGAGUGUCUCCUGGAGAAAACUCUACUGGACAACAGAAAGAGUCAUUUAAUAGCAAAGAUUUGUGCUCAGGUGUGUGAUUAUUAUAAGGAUUGUCUGAGGGUGUUGGAUAAUUCUGACUGUGUGCCAGGAAGGAUUCAGAAAGAGUGGAGAAAGCUUGUCAGCAUGAAGAUCAGCUACUUCAGUGCCAUCACACAUUUACACAUGGGAAAGCAGUCAGAGGAGCAGCAGAAAUUUGGAGAAGCCGUCGCUUACUUUCAGUCCUCCCUGGACAAACUUAAUGAUGCAAUUAAGCAGAGCAAGAGCCAAUCUGUACAGGAUGCUUUGAAAUUCACAAUGGAUGUGAUCGGUGGAAAAUAUAACUCCGCUAAGAAAGACAAUGACUUCAUUUACCAUGAGUCUGUUCCUGGUCUGGACACGUUGGCUGCAGUAAAAGGUGCAUCGUUGGUGAAACCCCUGCCUGUGAACCUUACUGAUCAAAGUGUAACUGGUCCUGACCUCUUCUCUAAACUUGUCCCAAUGGCAACUCAUGAGGCCUCAUCCCUUUACAGUGAGGAGAAGGCGAAGUUACUUAGGGACAUUGUGGCUAAAAUAGAGGAUAAAAACCAAAUCCUUGAGAAAUUUAUGGAGUCUCUAAGCAGUGACUCUGUGUAUAAAAUAGACAUGUUUAAAUCUUUGCCUGACGCUCUGUUGGAAAAAUGUGCAUUUCUCAGUGUACGACCAGACACUGUCAAGAACCUCGUUCAGGCCAUGCAAGCGCUAUCUAAUGUUUACACUGAUGUGGGCUCAUCUCUGGAUGAGGUCCGUAGUGCUCUUGAGGAAGAUGAGGCUGGGGAGAAGAGUUUGAUGGAGGUAGUGGGGCAGAAGGGAUUGCCGACAAAGCCUGAAGUCUUUCAAGAUAUUCAAAAAGAGCUGAAGAAAUAUGAGGCUGCUCAUCAAUCAGCCAGCAACACCAACACCGAGCUUCACAGAGCCAUGAACCAGCACAUACCAAACUUACGUCUGUUACAGGGAUCUAUUGAGGAACUCAGAAAGAGCCUGCCCCAGCCAGAACUCAGUCAAGAUGAAAUGUCAUCCCUCCAAAAAAUGAAGACUAUUCUGGGCAAAGUUGAUGAAAUGCGAAAGCAGAGGAUCUCAUUGGAGAGCCAGCUUCGUGACCUUAUUCAUAAAGAUGACAUCACUGGGGUCCUUGUAACCACAGAUCGUUCUGAGAUGAAGACAUUGUUUGAAGAGCAGUUGAAGAAAUAUGAUCAGCUGAAAGGAUAUAUAGAACAGAACUUGGUCGCCCAGGAUAACAUCCUGAAAGCCCUAACAGAAGCCAAUGUGCAGUACGCCCCUGUCCGCAAGACCCUCACGUUCAAAGAGCAACAAUGGAACAGCACUGUGCAGGCCCUGAUUGCCUCAUUUGAGGCAUAUGAGGACUUGAUGAAGAAGGCUGAGGAGGGCAAAGACUUCUAUCUUGAUCUGGACAAGAAGACCUCCGCCCUGUUGGACAAAACUAAGUCCUACUGCCAGACUAGAGAGGGGGAGCGAGUUACCCUGCUGGAAAAGGAGAUUGGAAAAGUGCCACCUCCUAGACCUGCCGCCCAAAAGCCUGUGAUUGGCCAGAAAGUUAUAUCUGGCCCUUCCAGUGUUGAAGAUCUCCCACAAGAACUACAAAGCCUCCCUCCAAAUCUGAAUUUGCCCCGAGGUCCAGUACUUUCCAGUUCUGUUCCUCAUAGUGGACCCCCUGUUAGCUGGCCACAAAGGGCAAGCCCUUUUCCGCCAACUCAGUUUCCAAACCCGCAGUUUCCCACUGCAGAUCCAAAGCUCAGGCAACAGUUGGCCCACCAUCUCCCACAGGCACCUUAUGGCCAGCCCUCUGCACCCAUGCAGAUCCCUGGGACGCCACCACAGCAGUUCCAGGUAAGACCUCAUCCUCAGGUUAAUCAACUGACAAACCCACAGGUGCCUGCUCAAGGGUACAAUCCAGCUCUCUGGCAGCAACCUCACGGUGGGCCUGUUGCUACAGGGGGUUAUUCUGUACCUCCACAAAUGGGACAGAUUCCCCAAAAUUCCAUUAGGCCUGGUUUACCAGGACAACCACAAGUAUCCUUGGCAAACUCUUUUGGGCAGCAGAUGCCAACUGGCAUGCCUCAGUCUUCCUCUGUCCAGCAGAUCAUACAGGGAACACCGAGCCAAAGCUUUACCAACCAGCCUAGACAAAGCAUCCCUUCAGCCACACCAAGAAGUGCAUUUCCUGGGCAAAUCCUUCCUCCAUUUCCACCAGGACAAGUCCAGCCUCCAAUGCCAGGCCAAACACACCAACAGCCUGGCCUCCCCUCAGGUUACCGACCAGCAUUACUUCCACAUACCCAACCCCAGUUUGGUCCACCAGGCCAACUGACAGUGUCCCAUCCUCAGGGUGCCCUCAUUCCAGGGCAAGCUCAAGCUCAGCCUCAGUCCACCCAGUUCCACCCCGGACAACUUCCACAAAACAGGCCACAGCCUAAUAUAGGGUAUGCCCCCACAUCUUUUCCAUCUUCACAACCUCAACAAAUUCCUCCACCCCACCAAGUACAUCCAGGGUCUCAAAUGUUUCCACAGGCACCCUUGAGCCAAAAUUCCCAAGUUUCUUUUGGUCCUCGUCCACUUAGUCAACCAGGAGCUGUACCACCACAAAGCAACAUAUAUUCAUUUGCAGCAACACACAUGGCCCAACAACCUAUGGGCCAACAGACCAUUCCAUCUCAAUUCAACACCAUGUUUAACGGAGCUGGCGGACAACCCAUGUGCCCUCCUGGUCAAAACCAAAUACUUGGCCAUCAAAAUGUGGCUCACCCAUCAUCAGGACAAGCAGUUGCCCCAGUGAUGGACAAUCCAGUCCCACUUUCACUUGGCAGCACCCUCAUACCAACUCCAUCACCUAUUCAGGUUUCAUCCCAGAACCAGAUCUCAGCUGCAUCAAAUGCCACACCAACUGGCUCCACUACAAUUCUGGGUUCUCUUCAGAACAAGGUGGAUAAUCUCAGCAUUCAGUCUUAAACAAUUGUGCAUAUGCAGUCAGUGGUAGUCAGGAUAUCAUACAGAGCACAAUCAAAAAUGACGAAAGUCAACAGGGGGUGCCGUAAAAGAUCUUCUUGGUGAUUUGGAUUCUUCAUAGUCACAAUACAAGAUGCCGGAACACACACUAUUACUUGCCUUUUCAACACAGCCAGUACUAACACAAAAUUGCACUGUCCUCUCAGUACCUGUAAUUACACACUAUGACUUAAAAAAAAUG